GUGUUGAAAGUCGUUGGGAGGCUCCGUCAGGAAAUUAGAGUGGGACAAGGUCAGCUGUGGGAACAGCUCGCUGAGGUUUGGCCGGGCUGUGGUUGUCGGUAACUCCACUGGAGGAGAGCUGUGUGAUCCCGUCUGACUCGAUGUGCUUGCUGGACUAUAUAAAGAUCUCCUCAUUGCCUGGGAAAUCGAAUUCCCCCAUUGUUCAGCUGUAAAAUAUCUGUACAAGGCUGUGAUUGGCAACGGACUGGAUCACCCAGGUUGCUUACAUCACGUAGGCAGCUGCCACCGAAAUGACACACUUGAUUGAAAGCCAAAAGAACCAUAUACGUAACUGCCUGUGAUUAAGCUCCAUAUGAUGCCUCAGAGCAAGUAAAAACCCCUCCUUCAUCUCAUCUUGUUUGUAACGAGACAACCGUUGCAGGGAUAUCGCUUGGGUCACGUUGUGGCUUUCGGGGGAUGAUUUGGUUUUGUUUUGGGCUUUUUUUUUUUUGGCUUCUGGCUGUAAACUUCCAUGACCUGCAACAGUCUGCCGUUGCAACCUUGUGUGAUGCCCCAUGAAAGCCGGGUGCUGUAGGGUGUGCUGGUAGCUGGGGAUACAGAUUUUACCAGGGAGAAGAUGCCAUUCCACCAUGUAACAGCUGGCUUGUUGUACAAGGGCAACUACCUGAAUCGCUCACUCUCCGCCGGUAGCGACAGCGAACAGCUAGCGAAUAUCUCCGUGGAGGAACUGGAUGAAAUCCGUGAGGCUUUCCGGGUGCUGGACAGGGAUGGGAAUGGCUUUAUAUCCAAGCAGGAGCUGGGCAUGGCAAUGCGUUCCUUGGGGUACAUGCCCAGUGAGGUGGAGCUGGCGAUUAUCAUGCAACGCCUUGACAUGGAUGGGGAUGGCCAGGUUGAUUUUGAUGAAUUUAUGACUAUUCUGGGCCCUAAGCUGGUAUCAUCGGAAGGCAGAGAUGGCUUUCUGGGAAAUACAAUAGACAGCAUAUUCUGGCAGUUCGACAUGCAGAGGAUAACACUGGAAGAGCUGAAACACAUCCUCUACCAUGCCUUCCGGGACCACUUAACGAUGAAGGACAUCGAGAACAUCAUUAUCAAUGAAGAAGAGAGUUUAAAUGAAAACUCUGGCAACUGCCAAACAGAGUUUGAAGUGCACGCCCAGAAGCAGAACAGACAGACCUGCGUACGGAAGAGCCUUAUCUGCGCAUUUGCCAUGGCCUUUAUUAUAAGCGUGAUGUUGAUUGCGGCCAACCAGAUUCUGCGGAGCGGCAUGGAGUAGCCUCUCACCAUGACACUGUGAACCAAACUGACCAUGCAUGCGCAUGCCACCGGGUGAGCUUCCCCCGAACCGACUCUCACACGGCAAAGAGACAGAGGCAGGCAGAUAAAGCACCAUUUGACAAGGAGCCUGAGGCCAGCAGCAUAAUGUGUCUUGUGAAUCAACUACAUCUUUUUGGCAGGGACAUAAAAGGGCUGUCUUAAUGCUUUAAAGGUUUUGUUUCCUAAUGCAAUAAAAAAAAUAUACAGGAGCCCCGAAGUAUUGCUUCGAAACAGCAAUGAUAACUUGGAAGAAACUUUCACCCAGCAGCCUGUUUUGCAGUUUUAAGGAGGCACAGCCUCAUGACUUAUUGCAGCGGGGCUGCCUUUUAACCUAGGGGCCAACGGACUACUUGGCGUAGCUCUGCGCUGGGCCCGCAUUCCCAGGAAGUUGAUCGUAGCAUUGCCACAAGCAAGUCCUCUUCAUUUAUUUCAUGUACUCCAGCUUCACUUUGCUUUUCCCUUAUGACCAUGCCUUUGAGUUCAUGGCAUCAGAGGGGAGAUAGAGCAUCCUUGUACAGUAUUUUCAAAGUGAAAAAAAAAAAGAAGAGAAUUUGCCAGCAUCGAAAAUUUCUAUUUUUUGCUUCGUAAACGCCACCUUUGACACAAGACUGUGGGGUAGCAGGAGUCCGUUUGACUGUUUUUUUCUGACCGUGAAUCAGGGCUUGAGAAGCACCACCCGCUUUCACACAUGGGCAUUUCCGAAAUUUGUGCACAGUCUUCCAAACGACUCUGCAACCACCAGCGCCAGUUGAAACUCCGUCUAUUCGGUCGCAUCUGCAUAUUCAACAACUUAAUUCUUUCCAGCAGUUUCACCCUUCUUCAAUAUUGGUCUUCAGUAACCGUAUCUGACAUGAAAAUCCUCCCUCCUUGCCUGCCUAAUGUUUCUUUCUUUCAUUUCGUACACCCCAGUUGCAAUAUGCAGUGAAACAUCCAUGUCAGACACCUUGUUAUGGGAGAGGUUAUAUUUUCACCUACCCAGCUGUGUGUGGUUGUGACCCGCCAGCUGCUGUGGUCCCUCCCAGGAGCCGUCCCACCACCACCACUGCUCCACCCAUGCCACGGGCAGGCUCCAAGGAGGGUAAGCUGAAAAGCAGACUGCAGCAAGAGAAGGAGGAAUCAGACUAGAGCCUACUGCCAUAUGUUACGUAGCGUGUCAGACUUUCAGUCUUGGUUAUUUUCCCUGGAAGAGAUUUUCAUGAGCAACGAGGAGUGAUGCAGACUAGAGACAGAACACGUCCCAUGGAAAGCACAAGGACUGGGCAAUCGUGAAGCCAGGAUUACAUUGGAAAGCAUUUUUUCCUUUUAAACUUGGUGCAAAUCCUUGCAUUGACCUUUGGAUGAACUGUGCACCUGUGUGUCACCCCGGGAGGGAUCCGGUUUCCUUACCCACGUGGGAGAGGUUUCCCGGAUGGUGCUUAUGGAGCCGGCACAGGGAGUGCUCCCAGGGAGGUCCGCAGAGGCACCCGGGCGUCGGAGUUGUGAUGGCUGCGUUCUGCUUGCUGGACGAGCUCCAGAAACACCAAGGAACAGCGAGAUCUUGCUCCUCUAAAUGUAGAUGACUGUUUCCUGUGUCAUGAGAGGGGGCAGGAUGGCUCCCAAGGGACUGCAAACCAUAAGCUUCUCUCAUCCUACACAGCAGCCAUCAGCGUAAGCCUGGAUCCAUUCCAAAGACUCGUUUCAGGUCUUUCUUUGAUUACGAGUUUGAUUGAUAACAUUUAACCUGUAUUUUUUAGUAGCCUAAUUUUAAAACCUGCUUGUCAUUGUUCUGUCUCCCACCAUCCCUUUAAGCUCAUGUCACCACUUUGGAUUUUUGCCUUUAGGUGUGCAUCUCAGUCGCUCACCUCCCCAGCGCUGCCAUUCGCCUGGUGCCCCCCUCCACCACCAAAGAUGACAGCUGUCUUUUCAAGAGCAGCUGAGUUAUUUUUUUCCUGCCGUUCCCAAACACACACACACACGUCUGCAUUUCUGUUCUGCUGUGACUAAUAGAGGUCAACUGCAAAAUAUUCUGCAAAAAUUGUUACAUCUCCCAGAAGAUGGAGAGAUUUUAUGUUUGCCAUCGGGCAGCAGCAGACUUCAAACCAACCUUGGGCAAGCUCUGAGCGUGGGAUUCACACUGCUGGAGAGCCAAGGCGCGCUCCCAGCGCCUACUGCACUGGACAUUGCAAAUAACGAGCUUUGUGAUUAUUUUAAGACAGUGAUCAUCCACAUUUCUAGGUCUCAGGGGCACUUGAAAAGGUGGCAGCAGCAGAAAAAAGUCUAAGUGUUACCACUGAGUAAUACUUAAAGAGGUUUUUUCCCCCUGGGACUCAGGGGUAGAUGGAGUCGGAGCGGAGAGGUGGGCAUUGACCUACCAGCCCUGCUGGCUGACAGCAGAAACACAGUGGUGCCACUUCGCUGAGCCCAGAAACACAAGCUAAAAUACACAGACCCGGCCUUUCUCCACCUUCUUCUUUCACAUCUGACAACUGAUUCCAGGCAAACUUCGAUUAUAAUAGCUACCUUAAGGAUGAGGUGUUCUUUUGCAUUCCUUUAAGCUUUCUGGAAUGCUCCAUAAUUUCUACACACGUGCACCAUAAAAACCUUUGUAAAUAUGGCCAUUUUUCAAUAUAAUUCUUCCUCUUGAAACUCCAUUUGUAAAACCAAACCUAUAAUGAAUAUAUUGGUAAAAGCCAUAGCCUGGUGUCAGUAGAGUUCAUUGCGAAACUCCCCACUGAUUUUACCGGGUACAGGAUUUGGGAAGGGGGUGGGUUUGUUUUUUCCAUAGGGAACCCAGUUUAUACAUUAUGAAUCAGUGUCAUGUCAUGCCAGAGGUCUCCUUUUUCUUCCCAGAGCAGCCUUUUUCUAUCUAAAGGCACCUUGAAGAGACCCCUUCUUUAACCAGUUGGGUCUUCUGGUAGCUAGUGGCAAUGCAGGAAGGAUCAGGCUAAGCCAUUUCAUCCUUUCCUCUUUCCACAGCCUUUCUACCAACACUUUCCCAUCCUUCCUAGCCAGCAGCAUUGGACCUGUGUCCCUUACCUACCUCCCUGUCUCCAUUUACGUAACAUCCAUUUAUCUUCUUUAUUUUUUUUUUCUUCUACACAAGAAGGUGAAGAGAGGAGGGGAAGGGCUUUUUGUUGCUUUUACAGACAGUAGGCAAAAAUAGAGCAGUAAAAUUUUGAUUGGAACCCGAUGGCAAAAGCUUAGGGGGAAAAAAGUAGAAGAAUCAAAGAAAUGAAAAUAAAAAGCUGCACAUCCCAUACUUAAAAUAUAUAUAUAUAUAUUUAAGUGCUAAUGAACAUACUUUAAAAAAUACCCAGACUGCAACAGUGCUAGGUAGAGCUGUCAGAAAAAGCACUAAACUUAUGCUCUUGCCAGUUACAUGAGAAUUUAAGUGUCUUUUCAGCACUGCAAUUCAGUAUGAAAAGGAUAUUGCUAUGGCAACCCUUGCUGUUCGUGACAUGUGUGCCAGUGUCGGAGAGACGCGCAGCAAUUGCAGAUGCGCUUCCAGCCAGCCCAAGGAUGGACAAACAGCUCCCAACAGCCUGGGACAGCUCACGGAUAAGCAAUUUAUUAGCAACUUGUAAGCACCUCAAAGAUAACUCACUUGGCUUAGCUGCAAAAAACAAACCCAAAUACAUGCAAUUAAAUAGUUUCACAUGAAGGGAAGGAUUUGAGGUGCACAUUGUUAUUUUAGCUUGAGAGAGGCUUUGGUUUGGCUUGGUUUGGUAGCAAUUAAUGCAGCAUAAGCACCGCUCAACACAGGGUGUCCUGUGCUUGUCAAGGACACUUUGGGCAGGUCCUUCGCAGAGAGAUCAGGCUCUGAUAGGAAGGAUUUGGGUUACUGCUCCUGCAAGGGCUGCAUCACUGAUAACUUUGACUUUAACCAUUGGCUGUAACUUUGAAGGCACAUCCUAAUUUUCUGCUCCUGGAGAAGCUAACGAGGGAGUGGGAGGUGCGUGGCGUGCUGAAGUACUUGGGAGGCCACAGAGAAGUGAAUUACAGCAAAAGUUGCCAAAAAAGGAACAUUGCUUACCUAUCAGGUCCAAAGCCAUGCCAUAAGGUCAGCCGAGAAGAAAACCAAAGCUGAGGAGUUAUCAGGCAGGACAAGUGCAUCAUGGUGGUGGUGGCCCUGGGCAGCUGGCUCCUGCCCACGACACGAUGUGCCACCCAACGGCACACUCUUGACUAGUCCACCACUGAGAAGUAAUUUCUAAUCAAAAGCAAUACCAACAGUAAUUUAAAGAAUUAAAUAGAAUGGGCAACUGGGAAAACUUGGUUUUGUUAGGGAGAAUUUGGUCCUCAUGCUGUUGGAACUCAUAUAUGAUAAAAGAGAGUUGACAAAGUAUUUUUCACAUUUGAUGGGUACCCACAAAUCCACCAGGUACUGCUAGCAGACACCUUGUCCUGGUGGAAGUGUCCACAGCCCCCCCAGGACAAUGGUCUGUGAGCAGAAGGGUGGGAUGUGAAUGGAGACACAUCUACCACCCCCUGCUCCAAGGUGAGCUACAGCCAAAUAUAGGAGUAUGAUUUGGCAAUUUGGAGGGAUUUCAUAGAGACUAUUCAGUGGUUAUUGGGAGCUCCCAGGUCAGAUAUGGUGCACUGUGAGGGCUGCAUGUUGGUUGCUCGAUGUGGGAAACUUCUAGCAACUUUCUAAAACAAAAGGUAUAUACAUAUGCACCAACCUCUUUAACCUGGGGACAAGUGGAUGGGUUUGUUUGGUCCUUCUCCCGUAAGAAAUAGGAUAGCAAGCAAGCAAAUCAAGAAAGAGUAGAAGGCAUUCUGGAACGUCCAGUUCUGGAAUCCUCAAUGUAAGAAGGAGAUGGAGCUGUUGGAACGGAUCCAGAGAAGGGCUACAAAGAUGAUCUAAGAGCUGGAACACCUUCCCUACGAGGACAGGCUGAGAGAGUUGGGGUUGUUCAGCCGGGAGAGGAGAAGGCUCCGAGGAGACCUUAUAGCGACUUUCCAGUACCUGAAGGGGCUACAGGAAAGCUGGAGAGGGGCUGUUCAUAAAGGCUUGUGGGGAUAGGAUGAGGGGGAAUGGGUACAAACUGGAGAGGCGCAGAUUUAGACUGGACAUUAGGAAGAAUUUCUUCACCAUGAGAGUGGUGAGACACUGGCCCAGGUUGCCCAGGGAAGUUGUGGCUGCCCCAUCCCUGGAGGUGUUCCAGGCCAGGUUGGAUGGGCCUUGGGCAGCCUGAGCCAGUGGGAUGUCCCUGCCCAUGGCAGGGGGGUUGGAACUGGAUGAUCUUUAAGGUCCCUUCCAACCCAAACUAUUCUAUGAUUCUAUGAUUCCCAAGCAUGCUACUCUGGAUGGCUAAAGUCUGUUCGACAGACUUAAAUAAGUACCUCCUGGCAAAGCAUAGGAACAUUCUUUCACAAAGAAACCCAUGUUCCUUCUAUCUGCCUGCUGCAGAAGACCAAAACAUCCUCUGGGACACCCAGAGGACUGGGAUGACUGUCCAAGGUCAAGUGCCGGCUCUGCUCAAGAUGACGUGCUGCUUUGCGAGGUGCCUGGUAGAAAGAGACAGCUUUCCCCACAAAAGACUCCUUCCCCCUCACCAUGCACACGUGCCCGGAGCAAGCAGUGCUGCAAAGGGCUGUCAUCGCACAAAAGGAAGAGGUGCACAGUCUCCAGUCAGACUUAGAGCUGCGAGAAGAGAAGCAGUAGGAGGAAUACAUUAAGAUCACUAAGAAUGAAGUUCCCUAUUUUAUCCACCCGUGUAAUAAAUUAUUUAGUUUCUGCUUUAUGGAUGACUAUUUGAAAGAAGAAGAAUCAACUCUUCUAAAAUGAGAACCUGAUGAAGUAUCUUUUUUCUUGGCUCUGAAUCAUGCUUACAUUCCACAGAUGAAGAUGUACAGAACUUGCUGGUUUUCAAUCCAUUAUUUUACUGUACUGUGUUCUGACAGUGCAAUUACAUUUUCCUGGCAUCACUUAAAACCUAUUACUUUCCCAGGAAUUUAAUACAGAAAAAAGAAAAGCUCACAACAUCUUGGUCUCUUUGUUGUCGGUUGUUAUCAGGACUGGAUCUUGGUUUCCUCCAAUUCAAGUGGGCUGCUUUAAGCAGCUCUAGGAACUGUAGAAGCUUCACCAAGAGUGAGAUGGACAGAAAAUCUCACAACAUUUUAAUUGGAAGUGUACUCCACUCCUCCUUCUCCAGUGGCAAAAGUCUGAAAAAAUGGCUCAACUGAGCAUCUUCAAUAGGAAAAAAUUUCAGGCCCAGAAGUGAGAAGAGGAGGAAAGGAGAAAAAGGAAACCCUCUGGAUCUAAAGAUCAGUACUUGACAACUUGAUGAUGGAAAUAUCAUAGCUUUUGGGGUUUUUCUGCCAUCACAGCCCAAAAUACUUUGUAGCCCUGAAGAGCAUUACUAAGUGAAAUUGCCAUUUGCUAAUUAUUUUCUACAGCUCUUCACAGCCAGUCUUUACAACAUCAAACACUCCUAUUUUUUACAAUGCUUUAGGAGAGAUCCAUAACACAACUUACCUUUAUUAGCUGCUCUUUUGUCUUUGUCAGCCAACAAGAAGCCAUUUAACCCUUCCAUUUGAAGUUGCUGAGUUUGCUCUGGUAGCCACCCCUCCGGUCAGGUUGUCUUCAGGCAUAUCAUGUCUCUUUUUGUGAGCACUCCCACUAAAGCCAAACCAUACAGCCGAUGUGUUUGCAGCAUCAGGCCCUUGGGGUUGCCCUUUCACAGAAAUGCCUCUAUAUUCAUAUUACACCAACCCAAGAAUGGUACGGCAUUUCCUACCAUCUCUUCCAGAGGAGCCAAAGUUAUUUCAGCUUCAUGCAGCAGCUCUUGUUUACUCAGCUUUUAAUUGAGGUGAAGGGUGGGAGACAGAGAAAGUUCCUCUCGGACUCCAGGGUAAAUCAGAGGCAACUCAUUAGAGUUAAUUGUCUUAAACUGGAAUAAGCCCAGAAUCCAGCCUGUUGCCAUUUAAUCCAUAUGAGGAUCUAAGGAAUCAAUGCUUCCUGAUUGAUCUCUAGGAAGUUCUUCACUAAUACACACGUCUCCUCUUGUCACCAUUUCAUCCCUCACUGUUUUCAAGCCAUUUACCACUCAUUGUUAAAAACUGACCUUUUUUUUUUUUGCUUGUUAACAAAAGACAUGGCAUUUUAAUUAAAAACAACAACUUACAAAGUCAGCAGCGUAACAGUAAAAAAAAAAAAAAAACAAAAAAAAAAA